GACGGUGCAAGCGCAUGCACGAGGUGCCAAUGCGCGCUUGGAGGCCACGCCGAGUUCAAACAUCGACGACGGCGUUAGGAAGAACCACUUCCCGGGGACUCCAUUAAAUGCGAAGAUCGUUCCGCUGGUUUCCGAUGCCAAGCUGAUGACAGGGAUCGAGGCAACGUUCGCGAUGGUCAGCUUCCUGAUGAACGUUGCGCAAUUCACAUUGCCCUUUUGCUUCGUUCGGGUGGGCUGGUUUGCAGUGUUCUUGAUGGUGCUGGCGGGCUGGCUGUGCAUGCAUACAGCGCUGAUGCUGCAGGAGGCUCUGGUCGCUCUCACCAAAGAAGGCAUCCGCUUUCCUGAAUAUUCCGACCUCGCAGCGGUUGCGGUUGGUCCUGUCUUUGCAGCGUGGGCACAGCUGGUCGCUCUGGCAGAACUUGCGGCUUACGGCAGCAACUGCACAAUCAACCUGGGUCUCCCGGAGAGCUCGACUUCCUCCUUUGAGCUGGUUGACCUCAGCCCUGCCCCCGGGCCCUUCCGGAUCAGCGUCGGACGCCAGGUCGUGCUCAGGCAGAGCACCGUGUUGAGGUCUGUGCUUUCCUCGCCCUUGCGCGCCCUUUGCGGCUCCGAGGUUGAGGCUCUGGUGGAGAGCCCGAAUCACUCCGAGCCGGUCGGGCUGAGCAACCGCAUCUACUGCAUCACUGCUGCCCGAGGCCUUGAGAGCCCCACGGCCGUCACAAGGCUAUCGUUGGCGAGCUUCGUCAUGGGGGCUCCGUGUCCCACGGCUUCCCCUCAGAGGCGGAGGCUAGGCUGUACUUUGCCGGAGCAGGCCUGGACUUCCCGGAGGCCUGAUGGACCUCCCUUCUUUGCCAUCGGUGGAAUCAGGCCAGUUUACCUGGCCGUGGCCCCGUGGGGGCACCGAGGACCCUCUGACAUGCGUUUGCUAUGUUGUGAUGAAGCGUGGCGGAGGGUUUGUGCUCUGCCUUACCUUGGCUACUUGCCCGCCGAGGCACUGCAAAGUGGCAUGGAGAACGAGGCCCUGGAGAUAGAGGCACAGGCUGUUCGGCUGGCUCCUUCGGGCGAUUGGAUUGCCCCGCUAGCCCACGAAAGCAUAGGUGCACUGAUUGUGGAUUUGUCGGCCGACCUGGCCGCCACCCUCGACACUCCGGACCUCACUGCCAUUGGUGGGGUUCCCUUUUCAGCCGAAGAGCCGGGACUUUUCCCUCUGGCCUCAGACGUCUUGCAGCAGGCAGCCGACUUCUUAGGAGAGGCCCGGUCGGGCUACCAAACCGCCGUCGAGGAUGUUGUUCCGGCCCAGCGACCGAAGCCCAAGGCAAAGAGGGUUACCGUCGCCACGCUUGCUCAGGGCCCCGCAGCAUGCGCGCUGCGACGCCAGCUGCCCGAGGCCGCCCCUCAAGGGCUCUUCGGAGCCAAUGCUACCUCCACAUCGGUGAGGGGGGCUCUAGUCCAGCGCAUGAACCCCACGGGCCUUGUCGAUCCAGACUUUGCAACAAUGGUUCGCUACUUCGAGCGGUACGGAGGGUAUGGAAAGCAGCGAUCCACCGAAGCCUGUGCCGACCUCCUGGCCCUCUUGCAGCUGACCAUAGACCAGGCCAACAUAGAUCAAGGCGACAUGACGUUGGCAUGGUGGAUAACGGUCGCGGUGUCCUACCUCAAGGAGGUGGAAGCUAUAGGGCGAGACUCUUUCGAAGAAGCAGCAGAGGGCUGCCGCCUGGGCAGCAAAGCGGGCCGCCGGAGCCAAGCCGUCCUGAGAGACGGCCAGAAAUUGCAUGCGUGCGCCCGGCUUGGUGGCUCCGAGCUGCAGCCAGGGCGAAAGGGACUUCAGCUUGCGGCUCGGCACGCUGAGGUCCUCUCUUUUCUUUCCGAGUCGGGGCUCCAGGAUGACUGUUACCUUGGACGCCUCGUUCCCCAUCAUGCCGCAAACUUUGUGCCCCACCGUCCGGGUGGUCCUGAGGAACUGCGGCCCUACCGUGACAUCGACCCAGACCGUGUGGCCUUGUCCGGGAGAGGAAGCUGGGAUAUCGCUGAGCAUCUGCACCCUAGCCUGCUCUUGCCCUUCUUGGAGCCCAAAACUUUGCAGACCUUUGUGCCACCGCUCGCGGCCGGGCCCUCCUUCUCAGGCGACAAAGCCCAUCAGGUCUUGGGGCUCCUUCGGAAAUGGGACGACCUUGGACUUCUGCGCUUGGUCCCGGGGCCUGUUGAGGAGACCGCCCUGCUCCUUGCCGGAUACCAGCUCGUCAGGCUCAGCUGCCCUCGGUGGUCCCACAGCCUGUACGGCUCCUGUGUUGACCGCAAGGAUUUCUACCGCCAGGCCGCCGUGACAUCUACGAAUGCCGUGGUGCACGGUGCUUUCAAGAGCCUGUUCCAGGGCGAUCAUGCUGGAGUUGAGUUUGCCUGUUCAGGGCAUGAGGGGCUGCUGCGUGCGGCCGGUGUGCUCGGACCCCUGGUUUCCUCGAGCGAAGAGCUCCUCCGCAAGGCGAAGCAGGCGUAUGCCCGCGAACAUGUUGAAGGGUCCGACUCCAAGGACAUUUUCAGCCAAAGGGUUUUUACCGUGGCAGGAGCUCAGGUCGACUCUUCCUCUCCCACGGUGCGCUCUGGGAACUGCUUGGUUGGCCUCCCUGCUCAUCGUCGCCUGGCUUUGGCGCAUGCCUCGCUUGCUGUUGCCUCUGGCCGCCAUAUCAGUGAAGAGCUCGGCUCGGUCUUGUCUGGUUGUUGGGUCACGGCUCUUCUUUACCGCCGGUGCCUCAUGACCGCCAUUGGGCCCCUUUUCUCUGUGGGGAAGAAGACGCCCGACGCUGGCGGGAGCUACCUGCAGCCCCUUGGCACAGCCCCCAGGCAGGACUUGGUCUUACUUUCGGCCCUCGCCCCUGUUAUGGUUUCCAACGUUGCUGCUCCUGUCAGCUGUGAGGUUGGUUGUUCUGACGCCUCGCUCGCCCGGGGUGCGGUCUGCAGCACUCGUGUCCGCCAGGAUGUUGCCGAGCACUUGUGGCAGUCCUCGGGCCAAAAGGGGUGGUACACCCGGCUCCAGAAGCAGGCCUCUGGCGACCACGAGGACUUCGAGGAGGAAAGCCAGCUUCCGGAGGCCGAAGCCCAGCCUGAGCCAGUGCCUGCGUGGCCCCUUGCUAUGAAUUACGAUUUCCUGGAAGUCCGUACAGGUGGUCCCUGGGCCUCCUCUUUCCUGCCUCAAGGCCUCGCCGCAGGCCCUGUGAUCGACGCCCGGGCCUCUUCGUUCUUCCGGGUCGCCGACCUACCGUGCCUUGAGUGGAUUUGUUGGUUGCUCCAGGACAGCAAGCUCCUGUGUGCAGCCCUCGCUUUGCUACUUGUUGCCACUCGCUGCUGCGUGCCUGCCGUUCUCCUGCAGCCUGCCCUCACGAAGGCUCAACGUUUCCGACUGCCCUACCAGGUCGCGCGGCUGCCGGCGACGGCUCUAGUCCUGGCCUUCUCCUGGGUAGCCGAGGGUACUGUCGAACACCUUCUGGGGAGAACGCGACGAGUUGCCAGCGAUCUCACUCUGCAGAGGCAGAGCAGGCAAGGAGGAGGCCAAGUCGAAGCCAAUUCGCAGAGGGCCGAGAUAGGCAACCGGGAACAGGCUGGGGCAGAGAACCGGGCGUACCUGCUAAGCUUGUUCUCGAACUGGCUUGCAGCAGCUGGGGUUGCCUUGGACGACCUCCUCGACUCCGACAAGGCCUCGGCAGAGACUGUCAACGCCUGGGUCACUUGCUACGGUCGCAUGCUUUUCGAAAGCGGCCGAACCUACUGGCACUACUCUGAGCUCAUUAAUAGUAUCACAGCCCGGAAGCCCAUCCUGAAGAGGAGUAUGCAGGCCUCUUGGGACCUGGCUUUUUCCUGGAUGGCUUUGGAACCGGCGACCCACCAUGUGGCUAUGCCGGCGGUGGUUUUGCUAUCUAUGCUCGCGACGUGCCUACACUGGGGCUGGCUGGCCGAGGCUUGGGGUGGCCUCCUGCGAGUAGGGGAAGCUACGGCGAUGACCCGGGCGAACCUGGUCUUGCCUCAGGACGUGCUUCUUUCUGAGCGCUAUAUCCUGGCACGCAUUGAAGAGCCCAAGACCCGUAUGCGUAUGGCCCGACACCAGGCUGCCAAGAUCGAACAGUCAGACUUGGUGGUGACCUCCCCCCGGCGGAGAAGCUCUGGCCACGCUGCACGCAGCCGCUGGGCCUCGCACAGGGUAAUGGAAAUCUACAUCCAGGAGGUCAUGGCCUGUUUUACAGCUACCCUUGAGCAGGUCAUCGAGUG